CAAGCAAACUGAAACGAGUUAAAAAAACUAUCUUGACCUCAAUUGAAUAAAAUGGAAUCUGGUGACAAUGUAAGCGGUGAUAAUAAUGUACAGUUUUCAAGUAUUUUUGAUACGAACCCGGAACAGUCACCUAAAACGGACGCAAGCAACGAAGCAGAAGAUAAAUCAUGUAAGGUCAAUUUAAGGAACAAGAAAGAACCCAAAAAGGUUAUUCACUUCAGUGACGGGACAAUUGAAGAAUAUUCGGAUGAAGAUGAACCAGAUACAUCAGCUCAAAUAACAAACAAAUUAAACCCGAGCCUGCUACCAUGGGGAUCGUGGAUUUGGUAUCACACAGUACAUGCUGGAAGCAAGUCAUUGCAAGUGUGUGACUAUUUGGGAGAGCACCUUGCAAGUUUUUUUGGAAUUACUACUCCAAAAUAUCAGUAUGAGAUAGAUGAAUACAACAGAAUAAUGGCUGAAGAAGAUGAAAGGCAAAGAAAAAUGGACUUGGAAAUGGGUGGUUGGACAGAAGCGCCAGAAAAAACUGAAGGUGCGAUUUCGGCUCAGCUGGGUGAUACAGAUGACAUGACACACCCAACUGAAGAGGGGCAUUCAGAUGUAGUUGAACGCAAAUUCUAAGUGUCUUCGUUGUUUUGAAACACGACUUAACUUAUUUUUCAUACUAAAAUAAAUAACUUAUUAAAUAUUAUAUGGAAAUUGCAUUCAUUUAAUUAAGUGUACAUAAUUUGUUGUUUAAAUCACAUUCUAAAUCUUUUUUUUUUUUUGGGGAAAAGCAGCUUGACCUCAUCUCUCAUUUAUUAAAAUUAAUAAUUAAUAUAAUAGUUUAAAAGAUGGAAAAUAUUUAAAUAUUUUUAUAUGUUUGUAACUUAUCACAGAAACUGUAAUACCGUCCAUAUGUAAUUUCAAAUAGUGUGCGUAGAUCACAAAAAGUUGCUGAAACAGCAGGGCUCGAUCCAUGACGUUUUCUCGGGUCUGCACCUGUAAGCCUCAUUUCAUUCAGUCUGUAACAUCCACAAUUCAUAUAAUUUUUAUGAUGAUUUAAAUAAAAAAUGUGAAUGUUAGAAUAUAGUAAUUCAAUUGAAAAGUGAAUUGCAAGAACAACACUAAAUAAAGUGUACAAGAAAAUGCUGAAUAAAUCAAUGGUUAAUAUCCUCA